UCCUAAAUGGAUGAGGUUCCUGUUUCGGCUCCCCACUUCUCGUGUCCGGCGGAAUCUGAUAGUCUGCGUGUCUGCUGAAGAAGAUGGCACUGGGCAUCGUUCGAUUUUCACCCAGAUAGGUGGCUUGCUUUCCUAAACCGGAUCAAACUUACUAAACCCGGGUUCGAAUCCAGCAGAAUCCGGAUAUGUUGGAUGACACCGCGGUCUGCAGCGGCACUACACUGAGCAGAGCCACUCAAUCCCAUGAAGAUGCAUGUCUGGAUACCGACGCUUAUCUCGCUGCUCGCCGCUCUCCUCAGCCUGGUCGAGAUGUAUGACAACUAUGGCGAGAUCUGUCGGAACUUGUGCACGUGCGAGGAGAAGGAGGGCGUCCUGACGGUCAGCUGCGAGAACCGGGGCAUCGUCAGGCUGACGGAGAUCAGCCCGGUUCAAUUCCCCAACUAUUAUCUGUUACUGACUGGAAACCUGCUGAAGAAAUUAUCCAUUAAUGACUUCAUUAACUACACCGGGGUCACCAUCUUGCACCUCGGAAACAACGACAUUUCCGAGAUAGAGACCGGCGCUUUUAACGGACUCCAAGGAUUAAGGCGCUUGCACUUGAACAACAACAAAAUAGACGUCCUUCGGGACGAUACCUUCUCGGGACUGGAGAGUCUGGAAUACCUCCAGAUUGACUACAAUUACAUUAGCAUAAUCGAUCCUAACGCGCUGAACAAGCUCCACCAUCUGACUGUGCUCAUCCUGAACGACAACCUGCUGUCGUCCUUGCCUGCGAACAUUUUCCGAAACGUACCCUUGACCCACCUGGAUCUCAGGGGCAACCGGCUCAAGAUGUUCCCGUACAUCGGCCUGCUGGAGCACAUGGACAAGGUGGUGGAGUUACAGCUGGAGGAGAACCCGUGGAACUGUUCCUGCGAGCUCAUCGCGCUCAAGGCGUGGCUGGAGAGCAUAGCCUACACGGCGCUGGUGGGCGAGGUGGUCUGCGAGACCCCGUUCAGGCUCCACGGCCGAGACCUGGACGAGGUCUCCAAGCAGGAACUGUGCCCUCGCAGGGCGAUUUCGGAGUACGAGAUGCGGCCUCUGCCGCCCGUCAGCACCAACGGAUACUUCCAGACCACUCCUGCGGCGGUGACUUCGUCGGCCACGUCGUCGGCCGUCCUGAGGUCCUCGUCUAGGCCGACCAAGGGGACGAGGCAGUCCAACAAGACGAGGUCCAAGCCCACGUCGCGCAUCCCAGGCAAUCCGUACAACUACGGACCCAUCAUAGCGUUCCAGACCAAAUCUCCUGUGCCUUUGGAUUGUCCUACGCAGUGCACGUGUAACCUGCAGAUCUCCGACCUCGGGCUGAACGUGAACUGUCAGGAGAGGAAAAUCAUCAAUAUUUCUGAUCUGAAACCCAAGCCGUACAAUCCCAAAAAGCUCUACCUAACUGGGAAUUACAUUCCGGUCGUGCGCAGGGCGGAUUUCGUGGAGGCCGAGGGCUUGGAUUUGCUUCACUUGGGUAACAAUCGGAUAGCGCUCAUACACGACCGGGCGUUUGGGGAUCUAAUAAACCUGCGUAGAUUGUAUUUGAAUGGCAACCUGAUCGACAGGCUCACUGCAGACAUGUUCUUCGGGCUUCAGAAUCUGCAGUACCUGUAUUUAGAGUACAACAAGAUCAAAGAGGUCGUCGGGGGUACCUUCCGUUUCGUUCCCAAUCUGCAGCUCCUCUUUCUGAACAACAACCUUCUGAAAACCUUGCCGGGAGGAAUCUUCUCGAGCAUGUCGCUCUCGCGGCUGAAUCUGCGCAACAACCACUUCCAGAACCUGCCCGUGAGGGGCUUGCUGGAUCAGCUCAAGGCCUUGGUGCAGGUGGACCUCUUCGAGAACCCUUGGGAUUGCACAUGCGAUGCGGUGGGCAUGAAGAUUUGGCUGGAGCAGCUGAACUCCGGCACGGUGGUCAACGACGUUAUCUGCACCACGCCGAAACGGCUGGCAGGGCAGGACAUGCGCAGCGUCCCUUCGGAACAGCUCUGCCCUGAUUAUCCGGAUAUGGUGGUGUCCACGGUGGCUCUGCCUUCGGAGGAGACCCUGGAAGCAAGGGUGGUCACGACGGAGACUCCCCUGAGGUACAACAACCCAGCAAGUACGGUCCCGCUGUCCGUCCUGAUCCUCAGCCUCCUCCUGGUCUUCAUCAUGUCCGUUUUUGUUGCCGCCGGGUUGUUCGUGGUGGUCAUGAAACGCCGCAAGAAGUCCCAGAGCGACCGCACCAGCACCAACAACUCGGACGUGAGCUCGUUUAACCUUCAGUACAGCCUCUAUAGCAAUCGCUCCGUGCCCAAAGUCAAACCCCCAGCGAGCCACCUGUAUGAGUACAUUCCUCAUCCUUUAGGGCACAUGUGUAAGAACCCCAUCUAUCGGUCUAGGGAGGGCACCGCCGUCGAGGAUUACCCUGAACUUCACGAGCUCAAGGUGAACUACAGGAGCGCCAACGACGAGGACCGGAACCCGAACUCCAGGAGCCCGUCGUACACCGUCAGCACCAUCCAGCCUCGUGAGGACCCGUCUACCGCUCAGGACGCAGAGCAUUUCUUCCGAGGGAUCCUGGAACCCGACAAAACUCCGAACAGCGCCGGGCACAGGUACGAUUAUUCCAAGUACCCCGCUCCUGGAUCUUACACGUACAAUCCGAAUUUUGAUGUGCGGCGGCAGUUCUUGCAUUCGGAUGAAAUUAGAGAAACUAUGCUGUACGGCACGGCGCCAAGUACUGUCUACGUGGAGCCGAACCGGAACGAAUAUUUGGAACUAAAGGCCAAACUCCAAAUGGAACCGGACUACCUCGAAGUUCUGGAGAAACAGACCACUUUUAGCCAGUUUUAAACCUACUGUUAAAGCUUUUUCCUAAUCGUGCCGGGGAGCCGGAGAGCACGGCGCCUCUGAAAACAAACCCACGAGAGGUUCGACGCCGGGGCGUGCCAGGAUAUCACUUUGUCUUACAGCUCAGAAAUAAAUUAAAAAAAAGAGAUAAAGAAAGAAAGAAAAUGCAAAGCUCUUCGGACUGAAGCACGAGUCGUGAUGCAAAAAUCGCAAAGUCUAUUUUUCUAAGCAAACGUAGCUGUACAGAUUAAUCCCAGUACAUUUUCAGGAGUAUAAUCAUGCAGAACUUGAGCGCAACAUUUAUAAAUAUAUCUCUAUAUAUAUCUCUAUUAAAAAAAGUCAAUAAAUAAAAGAUAAUUUACAAGCAUACAGAACACUAUCGCGGUGCAUCUAACUGUGCAGGACAAUUCCACUGCUCUAGUCUGUAAGUAGAUAUUUAUUGGUAUAACCUCCUUCUCCAUGUAUUUUUAAUGAUUUGAUUCUUGGUUAAUAUCUCCUGUAUUCUCCAUUCUUCUCUGUACUUGCUUUCCGUCUGUAAUUCUUGACCAUUUUUUAAUGUAGCUUGCAUCGUACCGGUGGCUUAUUUUCCCCCCGCAGUGGCGCACCCCUCAUUCCUCCGUCCGACCGAGAGACUUUUGCUUCAUUUUAAGAUUUAUAUAUAUAAAAAAAAAGAAAACAG